CAAGAAUCGAUUUUUGACUGCGCCCACCCAAACCACUCACGACAACGGUAGCAAAGCUUUUUGAUCCCCUUCACGUCUUCCAAAAGCAUCUGAAACAGCAGCCAAGAUGGGUUUCACCGACUUUGUCUCCGACAGUGGCCUCACACUCCUGAACAACUGGCUCAAGACCCGUUCAUACAUCGCUGGCUUCCAGCCAUCUCAAGCCGACGUCGUGAGCUUCAAGGCUCUUAAAGAGGCCCCUGCCGUCGAACGCUACCCUCAUGCCUACCGCUGGUACAACCAUGUCAAGUCCUACGAGGCCGACUUCUCCACACUGCCCGGCGACCCAUCUAAGCCUUUCACCACCUACGGCCCUGAGGCUGUUGCUGUAACCCAUAAUCCCAAGGACGCCCCGGAGAAGGCCGAGGAGGACGACGACGAGGUUGAUCUCUUCGGCUCUGACGAGGAAGAGGAAGACCCUGAAGUCGUGGCUGAGCGGGAGAAGAGAUUGGCAGAAUACAAGAAGAAGAAGGAAGGCAAAACCAAGCCCGCCGCAAAGUCACUCGUCACACUAGAUGUGAAACCCUGGGAUGACGAGACGGAUAUGGACGAGUUGGUGAAGAACGUGUUGGCGAUCGAGAAGGACGGCCUUGUGUGGGGUGCGCACAAGCUGGUCGCAGUUGGCUUUGGUAUCAAGAAGCUGCAGGUCAACUUGGUUGUCGAAGACGAGAAGGUGUCCUUGGACGAGCUGCAGCAGGAGAUUGAAGGUGACGAGGAUCACGUCCAGUCCACCGAUGUCGUUGCCAUGCAGAAGCUGUAAGCAGACAUGCAAGGACAUGGAGAAGAGGUCAAAGGAUGACGGGCGCCCCUCUUAUUGCCUGUGACACGGAGACCAGGUCAAGAGAUUUCGAAACUGUCCAAGGGGUUUCCAGCCUUGCCCUGCCCGGUCUCGGGGUGGUGGAGGCCUGAUUCCUGCCUGGCACGGCUUUGUUGGACUGUCUUAGAGCGAUGGCAUUCUCCCUCUACAUAACUUGAUGAUAGACGAAAAGAAAACCACGAAGAUGAGUGACGAGCAUUCUCGACCCACAGCUGGCGCAGCUCUACUUCUCCGGUACCUGUAGUCCCCUCCGUAGACAGCCUUGUUAGAGGAUGGUGUCGUGUGUUUGGCGAGUUCCUGCAAAGACGUUAUCAAGAUCUGAG